AUGUGGCCCUUUGGGGCUGUGCGGGCAUGGAGCAUGGUUCAUGGUCGCUGCUUGUCUGCAGUGGCGCAGGAGAACCGGAAGGUUGUUGAAGAGCUGAAGGUAAAGAAGCAUGCGUCUCCGCAUUCGAACGAGACGAGCUGCGCGACGCCAUGUUCCACGGGAUGCCCUGUGGUCUUGGCCCAGGAGCUCAAUUGCUGGAACUGUGGGAUGUCGCGGAAUCAUGGUCGCUGUGCCGAGCAUAUGUUCUGCGGUUCCUGCGGAGCCAUGCAACCGCCGGCACCCGAUUGCAACUACUUCGAGCUGCUUGGGAUCGCAGAGGAAACAUUUGACAUCGACGUGCGGGUUCUCGAGCAGCAGUACAAGCAACUGAUGAUACAGCUUCAUCCCGAUAAGUACAUGCAGAAGAGCCUGAGAGAGCAGGAGUUGUCCGCGGCUCAAAGCUCGGUGGUGAACAUUGCCUACGGAACCUUGAGAUGUCCGCAUGCACGGGCUGUGUACAUGCUGAGGAGGUUGGGCCAUAACUUUGAUGAACACACGUCGGAGAGCAACCCGGAGUUCUUGAUGGAGGUGAUGGAAGUGUGCAGCGAGAUCGAUGAGAAUGCGAGGAACCAGGAGAAGCUGUGCAAGAUCAGAGACGGGUUCUACAAGCCCACCAUGGACACGUUAUGCCGUGAGGCGACGGCCGCGUUUGCUAAGAGAGACGUUGAAGCAGCUCUGGUCACCACCUCCAAGUUGCAGUACUUGAAGCGGAUGAAGCAGAUGCUGCAUCAUUCCAUCGAUGUAGAGUAG